UAUCAAGGGUGAACAAUUAUUUGGGCAAAGAAAUACCAAGGAGUGACUGUACCUGGAGUACAAGUCACUCCUUGAGAAUAUACUUGAUCGUGGUUUUAGGAGUGCAGAAAGGAAUGAAGUUCGAAUUGUGAACACAGAACAAAACAAAGUGAUCUCCUCUACACUGGAGAAACCAAAGGCAGAACUUUGAAUACAGAUAUUCUAACAAUCUGCAGCUCCCUAUUGCCUGUCACUUUAGUUCGAAGUUUUACUCUGUUUGGUCUUCUGCGCUGUUAUAGCAUGCCCCAACAAGGUUGAGGAACAACGUCUCAUCUGUCUGGGAGUACUGCAGACUUCUGAACUUGUUACUGAAUUCUACAACUUGGGUGGGGCUGUGGUAAGAUCAGGAGGUGAAAAAUGCAUCGUUUAAGGACUUGUGCUGCUAAAUUGAGGCCAUUGACUGCCUCUCAGACUGUUAAAAAUUUAUCACACAGUGGAGCAGCAGUGUCUAGGACGUUUCAACAAGGGCGCUUUUAUACUGCGCCUGUAGCUGCUGAGCCCUUUCUGAGUGGGACUAGUUCGAACUAUGUUGAGGAAAUGUACUUUGCUUGGCUUGAAAAUCCACAAAGUGUUCAUAAGUCUUGGGAUGUAUUUUUUCGAAAUGCUAACACAGGAGCAGCACCGGGCACUGCUUACCAAAGUCCUCCUCCACUGGGUGCAAGUCUGACUUCCUUAUCUCAAGCCCAGUCCAUGAUAAACGUGGACAAGUUAGUGGAGGAUCACCUGGCGGUACAGUCACUCAUCAGAGCCUAUCAGGUCAGGGGUCAUCACAUCACUAAACUUGAUCCACUUGGCAUUAAUGUAGUAGAUUUUGACGAGUCUCGUACUGCUUUUCCGAUACGAGGGCAUCAUGUUGCACAACUGGACCCUUUAGGAAUUCUGGAUGCGGACCUGGAAUCGUCCGUUCCAGCUAACCUAGCCACUUCCUCAAACGGACUUGACAUCGCAGUCUGCAAGGAGCGUCUGAAAAAGUUGACGGUAGGAGCAUUUUAUGGCCUAGAUGAGUCUGAUCUCGACAAAGUCUUCCAUUUACCCACAACCACCUUCAUCGGAGGCAAUGAAACCGCCCUUCCUCUUCGCGAGAUCAUUCGGCGAAUGGAGAUGUCUUACUGUCAACACAUUGGAGUCGAGUUCAUGUUUAUCAAUGAUCUGGAGCAGUGCCAGUGGAUUAGGCAAAAGUUUGAGACUCCAAGUGCAAUGCAGUUCACCAAUGAAGAGAAACGGACCCUUUUGGCCAGGCUGGUCCGCUCCACUAGGUUUGAGGAGUUUCUGCAGAGGAAGUGGUCAUCUGAGAAACGUUUUGGUUUGGAAGGCUGCGAAGUAUUGAUUCCAGCACUGAAAACUAUCAUUGACAAAUCCAGUGAAAAUGGUAUUGAGAACAUCAUUAUGGGCAUGCCACACAGGGGCCGUCUGAAUGUGUUAGCUAAUGUAAUCAGGAAAGAACUGGAGCAGAUCUUCUGUCAGUUUGACUCUAAGUUGGAGGCUGCUGAUGAAGGUACUGGUGAUGUGAAGUACCAUUUAGGUAUGUACCACCGGAGGAUCAACCGUGUAUCAAACAGGAACAUAACCCUCUCACUUGUGGCUAACCCAUCCCACCUGGAAGCUGUAGAUCCUGUGGUUCAAGGAAAGACCAAAGCAGAACAGUUUUACCUCAGUGACACAGAAGGAAAGAAGGUGAUGUCAAUUCUCCUGCACGGUGAUGCAGCAUUUGCAGGCCAGGGAAUUGUCUAUGAAACCUUUCACUUGAGUGACCUCCCAUCGUACACCACCCACGGAACAAUUCACGUAGUGGUAAACAACCAGAUUGGAUUCACAACUGAUCCACGUGUAGCCCGCUCUUCUCCAUACCCAACUGAUGUGGCCCGUGUGGUGAACGCUCCAAUUUUCCACGUCAAUGGUGAUGACCCAGAGGCGGUGAUGUAUGUGUGUAAUGUGGCUGCGGAGUGGAGAAAUACUUUCCAUAAGGAUGUUGUGGUUGAUUUGGUCUGUUUUCGACGCAAUGGACACAAUGAGAUGGACGAGCCGAUGUUCACACAGCCACUGAUGUACAAGCAGAUCAAGAAGCAGAAGCCUGUGCUGAAGAAGUAUGCAGAAAAGCUGACAUCCGAGGGUGUUGUGAGUCAACAGGAGUUUGAGGAGGAAAUGGCCAAAUAUGAUAAGAUUUGUGAGGAAGCAUAUACUCGAUCCAAAGAUGAGAAAAUCAUGCACAUUAAGCACUGGCUAGACUCCCCGUGGCCUGGUUUUUUCACUCUCGAUGGCCAGCCUAAAAGCAUGACCUGUCCUUCCACUGGUCUUAGUGAGGACAUGUUGAAUCACAUUGGAAAAGUGGCCAGCUCUGUGCCAGUGGAAGACUUCACGAUUCAUGGAGGUUUAACUCGCAUCCUGAAGGGCCGUGGAGAGAUGGUGAAGAAUCGCAUGGUGGACUGGGCCUUAGCAGAGUACAUGGCCUUUGGAUCCUUGCUUAACGAAGGUAUUCAUAUCCGCUUGAGUGGACAGGAUGUGGAGAGAGGAACUUUCAGCCAUCGACAUCAUGUGCUGCAUGACCAAAAUGUGGACAAAAAGACUUGUAUUCCCAUGAACCACCUUUGGCCCAACCAAGCUCCGUACACUGUGUGUAAUAGCUCACUCUCGGAAUACGGGGUGCUGGGGUUUGAGCUGGGUUUUGCAAUGGCCAGUCCUAAUGCCCUGGUUCUGUGGGAGGCCCAGUUCGGUGACUUCCACAACACUGCUCAAUGCAUUAUUGAUCAAUUCAUCAGUCCAGGUCAGGCCAAGUGGGUGCGACAGAAUGGAAUUGUUCUGCUGCUUCCACACGGCAUGGAAGGAAUGGGACCUGAACAUUCCUCUGCAAGACCAGAACGAUUCCUGCAGAUGUGCAAUGAUGACCCUGAUGUUGUUCCAAAACUUACCGAAGAUCUUGUGGUGCGGCAGCUGUACGACACUAACUGGAUAGUUGUGAACUGUUCCACGCCGGCAAAUUACUUCCAUGUGCUAAGGAGGCAAAUACUGCUGCCCUUCAGGAAACCGCUGAUCAUCUUCACUCCCAAAUCAUUGCUUCGCCAUCCGGAUGCCAAAUCCAGUUUUGAUCUUAUGCUGCCAGGCACAGAGUUCCUUCGUGGUAUUGUGGAGGAUGGAGCUGCAGCUCAGAAGCCAGAGGACGUUAAGAGGCUGCUGCUUUGUACUGGUAAAGUAUAUUAUGAACUGGCAAAAGAGCGCAAGAUCAGAGGCUUGGAAUCUGAGGUUGCAAUCACCCGGGUGGAGCAGCUGUCUCCCUUCCCAUUUGACAUAAUUGAACAAGAAUCAAAGAAGUACUGCAAUGCCGAGAUUGUGUGGUGUCAGGAGGAACACAAGAACCAGGGUUACUACGAGUAUGUGAAGCCACGGAUCCGUGCAACCACUCACCGCGAGCGUCCUGUCUGGUACGCUGGACGUGAGCCAGCCUCUGCUCCCGCCACUGGUAACAAGAACACUCACUUACAGGAGCUCAAGCGAUUCCUGGAUACCAGCUUUAAUUUGGACGCUUUCAAGAACCUGGGCAAUUAAGGCCAUUCCGUGGAUUCACUCAACAUCUGAAACUUCAUCUUCCGUCCUUACUCUUAGGGACUAGGCUGUGCAUGCUACUGAGAUCUUCUAACUGUACAAUUGGCAAGAGGCUUGUUUCUGCAGCAUUAAUUUCAGAUAGGGAGAAAAGAAAAUACCUCGAAUCAAGACAGAGAUUAUGAAGCAGAAAACAGCUGAGAUAAACAGGCCACUGAUGUGCUUUUGCUUCACCCGCUCCACUUUUUAAAUGUAUGAUUUAGUUUAUCUGAGCAGUUGAAGUAAUGAGGUGUGGUUUGUAAAUUUUGUGAAUAAGGAAUUUUUCUAUUUCUAAACUGGCCGUGGGCUAACUCCUGGCUGAUGGCCAGAUCACGUUCUGAUUUUAGCGACUCUCUCCAUUGCUACACAAGUUGUACCCAAGACUUUAACAGGUUAUCAUUUGGAGAAGGCAGUGCACUUUCAGCCUGUGCCAAAAUCAAGAUAUGUCAUUUAUCUAUCUAUAGGGGCUGGGGCCGGAGGGGAAGUUUUAUCUCAAUUACCACUUCUUGAAACUGCGUAGUACAAAAACUGAUUUAUUUAUUUUGGUACAAAUAAAGUUUUCAACUCAAUAUCGCUUCAUCAAUAAAUGACGUUCUCCUCACGUAA